AUGGACGCAGCUAUGCUUAGCCAUCAAGGCAUCGUAUUCCUCUUGAAUGAAUCGAUUGAAGUGAAAGAAGACAGUGUAUUUAUUGAAUGGGCCGAGGAAGCAUUGUACAGGGCAACACUACUUGCUAUGCAACACGAUUCAGAUCACAAACUGACACUUGAUUUCGUACGAGCAUAUCAAAAAGUAACAAUGGCACAACCAUUCUCUUGGAGAAUCUAUAAAAGAAUGGUGAUAGCAAAAUACUCUGCUCAAUACAUUUCCUAUCUCUAUUCCGAAGACGAAUAUACCCCGCCCACUGAUGUCCAAGGAGCUACAAACCAGCAAGCAUUCGCGACGGAAAUUAUGCGCACACACACGCUUUACGAACAAAUGUUGUUUUCAAUGGUCCAGUUUCCCAAGAUUGGCCAAGGAAACUCGUUAGUUCUCAGCUUUGUGGAGCAACUUGCCAAGGAUGUGGAUCUCUGCGGAGCGACUCCAAGCCAGUUGAGAGGAUUUAUAGAGGUCCUUAAUCGUGCAACGCAACGAACAUUCAAUUCGCCGGGUACCGUGCGUCACUUGUUCCUUACGCUGAAUCGACUUGGUGAUUUUGAAGAGGCCAAGCAUGCCUUAAAAACGUAUAUCUAUUUAAUAGGACUGAGCUCACAAGCAUGGGAGGAGGCAUGUCAAACAGGCGAGGCACUGAUCGUGGACAAAUCCGGAAAAUGUAUACCUACACCGCCAGUGGAAGACGGCUUGAUUGAUAAUCUCGUACGAGAUAGCGUGUCGCAUGACGGAAAGAGCUCUAUCACUGCUAACCACACAACCGAAAACGAACCAUUGGACAAGAUUCUUGAAGUAUUUUUGACAGCUAUCCGAACACAAUGUAUAUAUCUUUGCGAUGGCGCGCAAGCUCUCAUUCUUGCUGAGUUGGCAAAAAAGAAACUUGAGCACGUACCAGAAUCAGAAGAACCGGGUGGUUGGAGACGUCUGGCUGCUCAGGUUCAUAGAGCGGUUGGUUCAGCGUAUAGCCUUUUAGCUCGACAAACGCAAGACGCAACUCUCCGCUCCUCGUAUUAUGAAAAGGCUCUGGAAUCCUUGUACGAAUCGGCCGAUCUGGAUCCCGAAGCAUGGGAAACAUUCUAUCAACUUGCCCUGCAACAUGCCGAGAUGCACGGUAUCCAGCAAGCCGUUCAGACCAUUGCGAAAUCCUUACAACUCAAUCCAGAGCACCUUUUGUCGUGGCAUCUGCUGACGUUGGCCUGUUCAUGCUCAGUACAAGACGAUCUUCCUCGAGCCCUGAAAACGUGCGAUAUUGGCCUACAAGAAUCGGAAGAGGCAGAAACAUCAGACCAGGCAGAGCAGCGGAUAGCUUUGCAAAUUACUCGAUCACUCCUUAUGGGUGCAAUUGACGGUCCAGAAAAAGCAUUAGAGGCUCAAGAAGAGCUUUUUGCGGCGUAUGGAAAAGUUUCUGCCCUUGAGCCGAGCACAAGCAGUGGAGAAAGUGUGUUUCAAGAACAGCGAACUGGAUUAUAUAAGAAUAACGGAAUCGUAAUAUCGGGAUCAUUGGGCAACAUGAGCGAGACACAAUUAUCGGAGCGACGGCGUCGAGGACUCAGCGUCAGUAGCAACAGUGUUUCCGGACGUGCUCAAGUGGAUGAAAAGCAUAUAUCUGCUUCUAGGUCCCAUGAUGAUAUGCGCAGUACUAGUAACGGACGACUCAAAGCAAGCAUCUCAUCCAGUAGUAGGACGCGAUCUGCAUCGACUUUCAACGGCAAACCAGAAGCAAAACCAUCUCCAUUUUUGACUGUCCCAAAUCCGAACGACGACAACGCUGACGCAGCCAGUAUCAAGACUGUUUCGACUACACAAUCAUCAAAGCAUCACCACCAUCAUCACCAUGGCCUACAUAUAUUCAGUUCUCGUAGCGCUACUCGUCGAUCCAAGCGUGAUUUAACAACCAAUGAUCAAAGCAAGUCAUCUAUCUCCCCUGCUGCUAAUGAUGGUUCCCAAGAAAACGGAUCCUUUACUACAGAUACCUCCAUGCGAAGUAAUUCAUUAAGCAGUAUCCGUACACUCACAUCACCCCGAAUCCCUCUGUUGGCACGAUUGCGGCAACAACAAGCGGCACGAAUCCUAUCAGAUCUCUGGCUCCUUUCCGCCUCAUCUUUUCUCAAACUGGGCAAAAUGGAAGAAGCGCUCAAAGCUAUCGAAGAAGCCGAGAACGCAGAUUGGACGUCAAACCCACGCGUAUGGUGCAUGUAUGGUCAAUACAUGUUGGCGAAUGGCGAUAUGGAACAAGCCAUUGACGCCUUCGAGAAGAGUAUAGUGACAGAUGGAAACGAUGUCGAUUCCCAUGUAUGGACAGCGCGUGUACAUAUCGAGAGUGGGGAUCUCGAUGUAGCAGAAGGCAUUUUAGACUCUGUGACCAAGGGAUCCGGCUGGGAUUGCGCUGAAGCAUGGUUCUAUCUUGGUCGUAUCUAUCAAAGAACAUCACGCGCGGAUCGAGGCAAGGAGUGUAUGAUGUAUGCACUGGAGCUUGAAAGCACUCGCCCCAUACAGCCAUUUUCCGUUUUGCCAUGCUAUGUUUGA